UUCAUAACGUCACGUUCGAUGAACAUGGAGAACGACUUGAAAGAAGAAUUUAACAGAAGAAGAAGAGCAAUCUGGGCCGCCUUCAUGUCUCUGAAGGAAGCCACCGACAAACUGAUGCACCCGGAGCUUCGUGCCCACCUGUUCGACAUCGAUCUCCAGGCCCACUGUUACGCAGCUGGAAAUUGA